CGAGCAUCGAUAGAUAUCAGUAUCGUUGUUGCGUCGUAUAUUUGAUUAUCACAUGUAAAUUAGACAAAAAUCGAAUAUCGAUAUUGCGAUAUUGUUGUUCCCUAUUCGCGACCGUCAAUCCAUAACAUAACCAUAUUAUUGUCUAUUAACAUUAUUUAAUUUGCGUGGAAUUUUUAAUGGAAUUUGAAAAUCAUAAACUCGAUCACGAAUUAUUUUUGAAUGAUGUGAAGGAGGAUGAUAAUUUCGAUAAUUUCGCGGAAUAUAAGAAAAUACUCGACGAACUGAAAGUUUCGUUCUUUGAGAGAUGGAAGGUUAACAAAAUCGAUAACGUUAAUCUAAACGAUUUCGAACGAUUUCGAACAAUUGGAACCGGUGCGUUCGGACGUGUCAUACUCGUGAAAUAUAAAACUUCUGAAACUUUCCACGCUAUGAAAAUCUUGGAUAAAUCGAAACUCGUGAAAUUGAAGCAGGUGGAUCAUACGUACAACGAAAAGAGGAUAUUGGAAUGCGUCAGAUUCCCGUUUAUCGUCUUCAUGGAAUUCUGUUUCAAAGACAAUUCGUACGUGUACAUGGUGUUACCGUAUAUCAGUGGUGGAGAAAUGUUCACGCAUUUAAGACGAAUGGGAAAGUUCGAGGAAAAUCUGGCACGAUUCUAUGCCGCCCAAGUUGCCCUUGCGUUGGAAUAUCUUCAUCAUUGUAGCCUGGUUUACAGGGAUUUGAAACCAGAAAAUAUUUUAAUUCAGAAUACGGGUUAUCUCAAAAUAACGGACUUUGGAUUCUGUAAAAUGAUCAACGGUAGAACAUGGACUCUUUGCGGUACUCCUGAAUAUCUCGCACCGGAAGUUAUAUUGUCGAAAGGAUACGGCAAAUCUGUCGAUUGGUGGAGCUUUGGUGUUUUAAUUUACGAGAUGAAUGCUGGUUAUCCGCCAUUCUAUUCGCGAGACCCGAUGAAAAUAUACGAGAAGAUCGUCGCUGGUAAAUACAAAUUCGCUCAUCAUUUCGGCGAAGAAUUAAGAGACAUUUUGAAGAACAUACUGCAAGUAGAUCUUACAAAGAGAUACGGUAAUUUGAAAUCUGGUAGCAUGGAUAUCAAAAGCCACAAAUGGUUUCAGCCGAUCAAAUGGUUAGAUUUGUAUAAUCAAAAGAUAUUACCUAGUUUUGUACCGAAAUGCAUAUCGCCUGAUGACACUAGCAACUUCGAUUAUUACGAUGAGGAACCAUUAAAAGUGGCCACGAUAGAUCGUUACGCUAAAGAAUUCGAGAAAUUUUGAUCGAAAACCGUGAUUUAAAGAUGACGCGUAUCAAAAAGAGAUGCUAAAGAGGAAGUAUCUUUAUGAAAAUAUUUUGAGGAAUCGUUCAUUACAAUAUAAUAAAGUGUAUAUUACCUUUUAAUUGUUGAAAGUAACGAUUUAGGGCAUCGUGACAACCCAGAACACAAUACAAUUCUUUGGGUGGUAGCAAUUCUUGGGUUCCAUUCUACAAAAUAAUAAAAUUGACGUAUUAGGAUCGAUGUAUUAUUGCGUUCAGUGAAAUGAUAAUAUAACAGAAUAGAUAGAAUAAUGAAAAGAAAAGUGACAUUUAACAUUAGAAUUAGAAAUAAUUUGUUUUAUACUGUACCAUAUUGUUUUAUUGUUUGAACGUAUACUAUAAUUAAUGUUUUGAUAUACACUAAUAUUACCAUAUUAUUUUAAUUUAUACUAACGCAAACAGCUUGACAACUCGUAUCGAGUGCUCGUUGCCACGCUCCACACCCUUUUGUGCACUGGAACAAACGGAAUAAAUGCACGCAUUAGAUUGUACCACACAAUAUUUGUUACGCGCCAAUUUUUCCCAUUGUAGAAACACUGUAUCACAAGUUGAACAAGCAUAUAAGCUUGCGAUUGAACAAUUUGUAAAAACAUGGAAUAUAUAAUUCAAUAAAUUCGUGAUUAACAAUUACAGAUUUAUUUUAAACUGUUAAACAUUCAUUUUUAACUUAUACAUAUAUUCGGCUUAUAUAUAUAAUAUAAAUGCAAAAAUAAAAAUGCAAACGUUUAUGCAAAGAAUUAGCAUUUCCACUUGAUCUAAUUUUCGAUAGAUCGGAUGAUCGAAUCGAGAAACGAAGAAAUGAUGGCACGCUGCAUAAUUUUGGCAUUGAAGUAUACUAACUGGAACAUCUGGUUGUCGUAUUUUAAAAGAUGGACGGUACGAGGCACGUGCCUCAAGUGACACCCACGUUCAUAAGACAGCCGGUCGGUUCGUGCCGAGCAUGGAUUUGCGAACCGAAGUUUAACGCAUUAACUUUCUGCGCGAGAGGAUGUGGGCAUUUGUCGGCGACAACAAGCCGGUCGAAGAAGAUGGAAAAGAAGAGGACGAGGAAGAGAGCUUAAGAACACGAAGAAUCAAGAACGCGCGUGCUUAUUUGCGAUGGAAAUCGUGAUCGAAAUUUUUUACGCUCAGGCGCCUGAUACGUUCCUUGAGCUUAAUAUCGCUUUUUUUUCGCGAUAAACGAAGAUCACCAAUGUUAUCACGUUUUAGAAAAUUACUCGUCAUUAUUUGAUUUAUUUAUUAACCCGUUUCGCAGCGAUCUUAUUUAAUAAUAAAUCGAAUCACGUCGAUCGUUGCAUUUUCGACGAGGGUACGAGUUUGUGGAGAGGAUAAACAAAAAUUCCAUCCGGUUGCCGAAUCGACUGACGAACUGGAAAUAUCUUGCAAGACUCGUUUCCUUGAGAACAUCUUGAAAGGAAGCGUGCUUGACGAAAUGUAAAUACACAAGACCGAUAUGGCAUGUUCAAUGGUUUCAAGAACUUCAGGAAGAACAAGUUUAUAAUAGUUUUGUCUAGACUUUCCAGUUCAUUUUCGAUCGUCGUUUUUAUAAUUGCUUCUUUUUCGACCAGAUGAAUCCGUAUAUUUUAUUUCUAAUAUAUAUUUUUAAUUUCUCUACGAAAGAUAAUUGAUAUCUGAUCGAGUUUUCGAUGAAAAUCGAAAUCCUUAGGUAGGCUCUUAUUACCAGUAACUGCAUCGUGUAUAACAGCUGCUGCACCUCGUAAAAUCGUUAUUUCAACAUCGUAUCUCGAGAUACAAGAGAGCCAUUUACCAAUUGUCAGACUGAUCGACACUCUGCCGCAUUGGAGAGGCGCCGCAUAUAAAUGAUACCCUCUUGACAUUUUAGAAUAAUAAGCUCGCUAUAGAAAGAUUAAUUCUACUGAGGAUUAGCCAUGCACCUGCACGUUAACCAACAGUUUUAUCAUUUCGAAAUCAAUUUUAUAAAUAAAAUUGGAUAUUUGCUUUUUAUUCGAAAUAUAAUAGUAUCUGGAAAGGAACAGAAAUAUGGAACAGUAAUAAAGUUGUAAUAAAAAAUGUUAC